GCACGUUUGAUACCCACAGUUUUUUGUCAUAGCUUGAAAUGUUAAAUGCAGUUCGACCACGGAUCGCAUGUAGUUCCCCUGCAUUUCGACUUCGAGCAUUCUCUUCUUCUGAUCGUCGAUGCAGCCUAGAUUACUAUCUCGUACAAACGUAUGACGGUAACAAGCUUCGAGUCGCAUUGACGAAAGCUCGAAAAAUACUAGGGUAUUCCAGCUUUCGAGGCACUCGGCCAACAAAUGAGGAUCGCUAUACCAUCAAAUCAUUGUCCAUUGGAGCUGGAGGUGGAGUGAAUGAAAUUGAUGCACAGAGACUCUAUGUUGGAAUUUUUGAUGGCCAUGGUGGCAGCAGAGUGUCGGAUUGGUUGUCCCAUAACCUUCAUAAUCUAAUUGAAAACGUAACGCUCGCUGAUCUACCAGGUACAGUUGCCAGCUUGAAGAAAUUUGGAGGCUACUUCAAGAGAUACCGCCUCCCAAAUGUCUUUAAGGACAUUGCAGAUAGAGACACAGGAGAGCCUUUAGGGAGUGUCAAUAAUAGAUCAGCUCUAACACCUGAGCAGAGAAUUCAGCUAUCGUUCCUGAAAGCCGAUGCUUCAUGCGCAGGAGAAGAGGAGGCUUCGGAUAUUUCUAGCGGCAAACAGCCUGAUCAAGUCGGGUCAACAGGAAGCGUUGCCAUUGUACAGACAAAGGAUAGAAAACCAUUUUGGGACAGUCAACAGUACGAUAUUUUGAUCGGUCAUGUUGGUGAUACACGAAUUUUGCUUUGUGAUGCAUCCAACGGGGAAGUGGUAUCACUUAGCACAGGUGAUCAUCAUCCAGGAAAUUCGUUUGAAAAUGAUAGACUACGAAGAUAUGCCGGCUAUGUCAUGACAGAUUCAUGGGGAGCUGACCGGAUCUUGGGAGCGCUUGCAACUAGCAGAGCUUUUGGAGACACUGGCUUGAAGCGAUAUGGUGUCUCUGCUGAGCCCGAUUUCGUACGACAUUCAAUAACUGCCAAUAACCCAGCGGCUUUCAUGGUGCUUAUAACAGAUGGUAUCACAUCAGUAAUGACAGACCAGGAAGUCAUUGACUUUGUGAAGCAAUACGAUGAACCUCAGGAAGCUGCUAAGGCACUUGUCAACAUAUCAGAGCAAUUUGGUACAGAGGAUAAUGCUACAUGCAUGGUAGUUCGCUUCAAAAACUGGGGCUCAGCUAUGCCAGAUUAUACCAAACGCCUUCGAGAAUACAAGUUAUCGACAUCAACCAUGAGUUCUAGACAGUCAUGGUAAUAUCGUUUACCAUGCAUCGUACAUUAUGUAUUUACGCUAUAGUCCUUUGCAUAUAAUAAUUUCCUUCACGUUACACAUGUUUCUCCUGAGCUUAACCAUUAAAACAUGCUCUCAUCACGACAGUUUUAGUUGUUCCGAUCAACCCGG